AGGUCAGGCACUGAUGAUUCUCUCAGGGACCUCAAGCAGAUGAGCGCAUCACUUAAGGACCAUAGCAGUUUCAAGUCAUGGAUUCUAAUGAUGACCCCGAAGAAGAUCAUCUUACAAGUUACGACAUUCAGCUCAGUAUUCAAGAAUCCAUUGAAGCCAGCAAGACUGUAUUUUAUCCUGAAAGAUUUGUACCACUAAGUGAUCAAAACAGAAAACUUAUAGAGGCCAUAAAACAAGGUCACAUUCUUGAGCUCCAGGAGUAUGUGAAAUAUAAAUAUGCAUUAGAUGAAGCUGAUGAAAAAGGAUGGUUUCCAUUGCAUGAAGCUGUUGUUCAACCCUUUCAGCAAGUACUUGAAAUUGUUCUGGAUGCAUCCUAUAAGACACUCUGGGAGUUCAAGACCGCUGAUGGAGAAACGCCCUUGACUUUGGCAAUCAAAGCUGGUCUGGUGGAAAAUGUAAAAGCUUUACUAGAAAAAGGAGUAUGGCCAAACACCAAAAAUGACAAAGGAGAGACGCCCCUUCUGAUUGCUGUAAAAAAGGGCUCCUAUGACAUGGUGUCCACUUUGCUCAAAUACAACACCAGCCUUGACCAGCCCUGCAUCAAGCGAUGGUCGGCAAUGCAUGAAGCAGCCAAGCAAGGCCGCAAAGAUCUCAUAGCUCUGCUACUGAAGCACGGCGGCAACGUCCACCUGAGAGAUGGCUUUGGCGUCACACCGUUAGGUGUUGCUGCUGAGUAUGGUCACUAUGAUGUGCUGGAACACCUCAUCCACAAGGGUGGUGAUGUGUUUGCUUUGGCGGAUGAUGGGGCAUCGGUGUUGUUUGAGGCAGCAGGAGGGGGCAAUCCUGACUGCAUUUCCCUCCUGCUGGAAUAUGGAGGAAGCGGAAAUGUACCUAACAGAGCAGGGCAUCUUCCUAUACAUCGAGCUGCCUACGAGGGACAUUAUCUUGCACUGAAAUAUCUCAUCCCAGUAACAUCCAAAAAUGCAAUCCGGAAAAGCGGGCUAACACCACUUCACUCAGCAGCAGAUGGACAAAAUGUACAGUGCCUAGAACUGCUCAUUGAAAAUGGUUUUGACGUCAAUACUCCGCUUGCUGACCACAUUUCUGAGAGCUAUGACGACGAGAGAAAGACUGCGCUAUAUUUUGCUGUUUCUAAUAACGAUAUCCAUUGUACAGAAGUCCUUCUGAAUGCAGGCGCAAACCCAAACUUAGAUCCCCUCAACUGUCUGCUUGUGGCCGUGAGGGCCAAUAAUCAUGAAAUCGUCCGGCUGCUUCUCUCCCACGGCGCAAAUGUCAAUUGUUAUUUUAUGCGUGUAAAUGACACUCGUUUCCCUAGUGCCAUUCAGUACGCCCUGAAUGACGAGGUGAUGCUGAGGCUGCUGCUGAACAAUGGCUAUCAAGUGGAGAUGUGCUUCGAUUGCAUGCACGGGGACAUCUUUGGAAAUUCAUUUGUGUGGUCAGAGAUAGAGGAAGAAGUACUGCCGGGAUGGACAUCUUGUGUGAUAAAAGAUAGCCCGUUCUGUGAGUUUAUUACAGUUCCCUGGAUGAAACACUUGGUAGGAAGCGUUAUCCGUAUAUUACUGGAUUACAUGGAUUAUAUCCCUCUGUGCGCUAAACUGAAGUCUGCACUGGAGGUACAGAGAGAAUGGCCAGAAAUCCGUCAAAUACUAGAAAAUCCUUGCUCAUUAAAGCAUUUGUGUCGGUUAAAAAUUCGAAGACUUAUGGGACUCCAGCGACUCUGCCAGCCAGCCUCAGUGGAGAAGCUUCCUCUACCACCAUCUAUUCAAAGAUAUAUAUUAUUUAAAGAGUAUGAUCUCUAUGGACAAGAGCUAAAAUUGCCAUAA